UAACCCUCCUUAUUGAUAAUCGUGAAAAGCGCAUGCAACAAGAUCGUGAUUAUUUUCAACAACAAUUACAAAUGAGAGGUAUAAAUACUCAAACAAGAUCGCUUGAGCUAGGAGAUAUGAUCUGGAUAGCACGAAGGAAUCUUGAAGAAAUCGUAUUGGGCUAUAUAAUGGAAAGAAAACGAAUGGAUGAUUUAGUAAUGAGCAUAAAAGAUGCUGGUGCAAAACAAGUGAUCUAUUUAAUAGAAGAUUAUAAUAUGGAAGAAGCUGAAAAAUUUGGAAUGCAAGCCAUUGAAACAGCAAUGUCAGAGACUCAGGUUAUAAAUGGCUUUUUCUUAAAAAGGACGAAAAAUAUUGAUCAGACGGUUGACUAUCUGGUUGCAUUGACAGGAAAGUUGAAAUCUAAGUACGAGACUCAACCACUGUUUGUCAUUCCUAAUAGCGUCGUAUUUCGCAAUACUUUUCUGAACUUGAAACAACACUUAGCCAAACUACACCCUGAACGCUCAUAUCACAUUUCCUACGAAAUGUAUUCAGAGAUUAAUAACAAGCAUGCAUCAUUAACCGUACGCGAUACGUUUCUGAAGAUGCUAAUGACGAUUAAAGGAGUAAGUGCCGAGAAAGCUAUAGAAAUCGUGAAAAAAUAUCCAACACCAUUCCAAUUUGUGAAAGCUUUCGAAUGUUUGCCGGACGAAAACGAUCAAAAGAAAAUGUUGAGUGAUGCUACCAGUUCUGAAAUUGGCAGGAAAAAAAUACAACCUGUUCUAAGUGGAAAAAUCGCUCAUAUUUGGUGUGCAGAUAAAUAUUAA